AUGCCACGUCGUAGAGUCUCAUUCCAUCUGGACAACGACAAUUCCAGAUCUCAAUCUCAUCAUGCCGAUCUCGACAGCGUGGAAAAAUUGGUGAACAGCUACUCGUUAGAACGACAACGGACCAAUCGUCGUAGUUAUGAUGUUAGCAGUGUUCUAAUAUCAGAUGUGGUCGAUAGUGGAGCGCCAAGUCGAUCGCCAAUCGGAAAUCGUCCAUCAGUGCAGAGCUUGUUCAGCCAGCUGGAACUCAACGAUCAUGAUGGCAUCUCGAGGAAGAGUCUUGGACCAAGUCAAGCACAUUCCUACAACGAUGUGGUAAACUCAAUGCUGGGCACGUUGAACAGCGAGUACAGCAGUAAACAUGGUAUCUCGACGAUCCCGAAAGGCGACUGUGGACAGUGCGGCAAGCCGAUUAUUGGACAGGUUGUGAUUGCGCUAGGAAAAAUGUGGCAUCCAGAGCACUAUACUUGCUGUGAAUGUGGAUCGGAACUUGGCCAUAGAAAUUUCUUCGAGAGGAAUGGCCGUGCGUAUUGUGAAGAGGACUACCAUAACCAGUUUAGCCCAAGGUGUGCAGGAUGUAAUGGUCCGAUCAAGGAUCGUUGCGUGACGGCACUGGGAAAGAACUUCCACCUACAAUGUUUCACGUGUACCGAAUGCGGACGGGAGUUCGGUGACGAUGGAUUUCAUGAAAAGGAUGGCCAAACAUACUGUCGCCGUGACUUUUUCCGACUUUUUGCGCCGAAAUGCAACGGUUGCCAGAAUCCGAUCACUAGCAACUUUAUCACGGCGCUUGGCACUCAUUGGCAUCCGGAAUGUUUUGUUUGUCAGAUGUGCGGCAGUUCGUUCGGUGGCGGCACGUUCUUCGACGAUGGCGGUCAGCCGUUAUGCGAGACACACUAUCACGAGCGUCGCGGCUCGUUGUGUCACGAAUGUCGCGCACCGAUCUCAGGCCGUUGUGUGACGGCAAUCGGCAGGAAAUUCCAUCCAGAGCAUUUCCGAUGCUCUUACUGUAAUCGACAGCUCACCAAAGGCACCUUCAAGGAGGUUGAUCGUCGUCCAUUCUGUCAUAAAUGCUACAAUAACACUUAUGCCCUCACGUAA